AUGUUCGUGUCUGCCAGCACGAAUGAUCCAAACGUUCAGCGCCCCCCUGCUGUGGCCAACGGACAGGCCUCAACCCAGCCAUCCUCAACAACGAACAAACUCCAAGAAAUCCAGAAAUCUCCAGAUCGUGAACCUACUUUCAAGGACUACGUCAGAGUCUUUUCUUACGCCUCAAAAUGGGACAUUGUCGUUUACAUCGUUGUCGUCUUCACCUCCAUUGGUGCUGGAACAGCUUUGCCUCUUAUGAAUGUCAUCUUUGGCCAGCUCGUUGGCCAGUUUGUCGGAUACUUCCAGGAACCUCCUACCGUGUCAAGGUCCGAUUUCGAACGCCUUCUGGGUAGACAAUCGUUGUACAUUCUAGGUCUUUUCCUUGGUCGAUUCUGCCUAAGCUACGUCAAUAAGUUCUCCUUCCGCAUGAUGGGCGUCCGGCUAUCCUCCGCUAUUCGACUCCACUACCUCCAGUGCCUCUUCCGCCAGUCCAUCCACGUCAUCGACUCUAUGCCACCCGGUGCCGCCGCCAACACUGUCACCACUACGGCAAAUACCCUACAGAUUGGCCUCUCCGAGAAGCUCGGCGUCUUCUUCGAAUAUAAUGGUACCGUUUGGACCGCCAUUAUUAUCGCUUUUACAUGGAGCUGGGACCUGACUCUGGUUACAUUUUCUCUCGUUGUCUUCCUGUUGGUCGUCACGGGGGUCUUGUUUCCCUUUGCCAUCAAAGGUCUGGUAGGCGCCAUCAAGGCCGAGGCCGAGGCUAACGCAGUAGCCAGCGAGGCCUUCAGUGGAAUUCGAAUGCUUGCUGCGUGUGGUGCCGAGAACCGCAUUGUUGCUCGAUACACGUAUUGGGUGAAAGAGGCGAGGCGACAGAAUCAAACUAUGGCUCCAUUCUUGGCUCUCCAGCUGGGGUUUCUGUUUGUCGGACUUUACGGAACCUUUGGUCUUGCCUUCUGGUACGGCACGAAGCGCAUCAUCUCGGGCGCCAUCCAAGACCCAGGUGUCAUUGUUGUCGUUCUCACAUCAGUUAUGAUGGUCGUCAUCUCCCUUGAGCGUAUUUCGACACCACUCAUCGCCGUCGCCAAAGCCACGGUCGCCGCUUGCGAGUUCCUGACCGUUAUCGACGCUCCUCAGCCGGCAACCGGAACAAUCAAAGGCCCAGAUACCAUAGCGACGGGGGAUAUCGUCCUCAACGACGUCGUGUUUGCCUACCCCAGCCGACCUCAUGUCAAGGUACUGGAUGGCCUAAACCUACGCAUCGAGGCAGGGAUGAAGACAGCGAUUGUAGGCCCCUCUGGGUCUGGAAAGAGCACAAUUGUCGGUCUCAUUUUGGGAUGGUACAGUCUCCGCGAGCAAUAUGCCAUUCCCAAGACAGUCAAAAAAGACAUGAUGAAGGCGGGCCCGAAAAAAGGAGAAGAAAAGAGCGGUGCUGUCGACAGAUCAGUUGAUGGCGAUGCUGGUGUUAUCGCAAAAGAGGCAGAACCCCCAGUCCAACUGUCGGGAUCCAUUUCAGCGAGUUGCGUUGCCUUGGACGAUAUUGAGCUCAAGUGGUGGCGAAGCCAGAUCAGCCUCGUUCAGCAGGAUCCAUUUCUGUUCAACGACACAAUCUUCCACAACGUUGCUCAUGGGUUGAUUGGCUCACCCUGGGAGAACGAUCCAGAGGAGAGGAAGAGGGAGCUGGUGAGGGAGGCAUGCCAGGAGUCGUUUGCCGACGAGUUUAUCGACCGUCUCCCAAAGGGCUACGACACCGAAGUCGGCGACGGCGGCAUCAAACUUUCCGGAGGUCAGCGUCAACGUAUCGCCAUUGCUAGGAGCAUUAUCAGAAGACCCAAGAUUCUGAUUCUAGACGAGGCCACUAGCGCUAUCGAUGUCAAAGGCGAGAAGAUCGUGCAGGCUGCACUCGAUAGGGUUGCUCAGAACAGGACCACCAUCACAAUCGCCCACCGUCUCUCGACAAUCAAAAACGCCGACCGGAUCAUUGUUCUAAAAGAAGGCAGGGUUGCAGAAACAGGCACCCAUCAGAGCCUUCUAGAGAACGAAUCGGGUGUUUACUAUGGACUGGUCUACUCUCAACAGAUGUCUCUCGGCACUCCAGCACAAGCGAGCACAGAAGAGAGCGAAGAAGAUCUUGAUGCUGUACCCACGAGGAAAACGAACACUGCCCAGUUUGAAACAGAUGUAUCUCGCCAAGAGCCUCGAGUUGGUAAUCGCAACCUGUUCAAUAGCUUUGGCAGGCUUCUCAAGGAGCAACGAGCAGAAUGGCCUUUCUACGCAGCCACCUUUUUGGCUGCUAUGGGUGCUGCGGCGGGCACGCCUCUCCAGGCAUGGCUGUUCGGGAAGGUCCUUGGUGUCUUCUCGCUUCAAGGAGACGAGCUGCGACACGAGAGUGAGUUCUGGUCAAUGAUGUGGCUCGUCCUUGCAAUUGGCGUUGGGAUGAGCUACUUCUGUCAGGCGUACAUCUCCAUUUACGUCUCUUGUCGCAUCGGCGCCAUCUACAAAGAGCAGUAUUUCAGAGCCAUUUUGUUCCAGAAAACGUGCUUUUUCGACCAAGAAGAAAACUCUCAGGGUGCAUUGAGCUCUCGUAUAUCAAGCGAUCCUAAGCUGCUCGAGGAACUUGUGGGUCUCAACGGGCCUUCUUCUUGA